UUAACUUUAGCUCCUUAUUGCAGUGACAUAUGUAGUCUGUAGUCGAUCUGUAGUCCUGGGGUAGAGGCAAAGUGGCAGCAGGUCACCUCAGUGUGGAAGUAACCAAGAGCAUAAGAUUUAAUUUCAUAAUCACAGCAACAGUGACCAAGUGUCUGACAAAUGUUAUCUAUAUGUACUCUUUGUUAAUGUUAUACCUAUUAUAAUUUUACUCCCCUAAAAUGUACAAUGGCUUAAAUGGGUCUAACCUCUAGGCCUGUGGCCAUUGUCCUCAUGUGACCCUAAUCGCCAAGCAGCAAAAGCAACAAUGUAUUGUAAACAGUACACAAACAAUAUACACGUAGUUAUACUUUGUUUCAGUAACUAAUAAAGUAAUUUAUUAAGUAACUGAUUAGGGUUGAUUGCUGAUGGUCGCGCUGGUUGUCUUAGUUCCGCCUCCAGGUGGUGCUGUUGCGCUGAUCCCCUCACGUGCGCACACUGCAGGUGAUAGUCUGUGCUGCACAUGGAGGAGCUUCGACGUGAACAGCUGUGAUUGUGAAUCAUGUUAACAAACACGGGGCCAGUGGCUAAGCUGUACCUGUCCAUCAUUGACGAUGUCAUAGAGAGCAUGAGGGAGCUCUUUCUGGACGAGGGCAUUGAAGACCGUGUUUUGGAUGAUUUGAAGCAUCUCUGGGAGUCAAAGAUGAUGCAGUCUAAAGCAAUGGAGGACUUCAGAAAAAACAACAUCAACUCUUCCAACUUUGUACUGCAGCUCCCGGCCAGCUACACCCAGAAUGAACAAGAGAUUACUGCUUCAGUUGUUAUACCCUCAAGUCAGAAAGUCCAAACCUAUCCAAAGAAGACGACUUCAGAGACCGUUGCCACCUUUUCUCUUCCCGCUGGUCUAGCCUAUCCUGUCCAAAUUCCUGCUGGAGUAACACUGCAAACUGCUUCUGGUCAGCUUUAUAAAGUCAAUGUUCCAGUUGUGGUUACACAGGCUCCAACAGGACAGCAGCCUCAACCCCGUCCUGCACCAAAAGUCCCUGCUCCUGCCCCUAAAUCCCAAGCUGUCCGAGUAAAUACUGCUACGGUCCAUGAGGUGGCGCCAUCCACAGUAACAAAGACUUCUACAUCUAAUCCCACACCAGUCCCUGUUCCACUCCAAACCAACCCAGCUCCAAUUCAAGAGGUUAUCCCACCUCAAGAACAAGAAGCACCAGGUAUUAUAAGUGUUGAGGCUGCAGAUAUCCCAGAAUCCCCUUCUCCAGAGCCAGAGAUCAAAGGUGAAGACGGUGACCAGCCUGUGAAUCUGAGUAUGAACGCACCACCCAGUGAUUUACUAGACUUCCAGAUGAGUGCAAACACCACGGAUAUCGAUGACCUCCUCAAAGAAGUGAUCGAGAAGGAGAGGGAGAAGGUCAGGAACUUGGAUCCAACUAAAGAUGAUGUCCUGGGGCUGGACCUGGACUACAGCGCACUCUCAGACAUUGUGCAGCUCGAUGGUGCUGUUGACAACUCUGAGGACGAAGAAGUGGCUGCUCUGGAGGAGAAUGACUUUUUGGGAAUAAUCAAUGCAGAAGCUAUAAAGGCCCUGCAGGAGGGAGACGCCAGCAGUGAUGGCAACAGCCUCUCCUCCAGCGACAGCGAGGUGGAAGACGAACUGGCUCAUGACGAGGAUGAGGAUCCCUUAAAUUCAGGUGAUGACGUGAUUGAACAGGACAUCCCAGACCUCUUUGACACCGAUAAUGUGAUUGUUUGCCAGUAUGACAAAAUCCACCGCAGUAAGAAUCGAUGGAAAUUUCAUUUGAAAGAUGGCGUGAUGACUUAUGGAGGCAUUGACUAUGUGUUUUCAAAGGCAGUGGGAGAGGCAGAGUGGUAAUGGCUCUGGUCUUUAGUCGAUUGACCAAAUCAGAUGGAAGUGUCCAUUUAGUGAAGGCACUGAUUUAAAAGGUGAAACAAUCCUUAAAUGCUGGUGAUUUAUCUGCUCAAAGUAGCAAUUUUCUGUUUAAUUUUGUCAGUAAUAAUGUUAAACUUGACUGAUGAUAAAAUGUAUCUUAAGUUUGCAACACAGCUGAUAGUGUGUUUUCAUUUCUAAAGACUGUUUUGUCUUCUCAUAACUAAAAUCAAAUAUAUGUAUCUUUUGUUUAGCCUUGAAAACAUUUGUACUAAAUGUUUAAGUGACUCUUAA